CACGGUUAACCGAUCUAGCAAGAAAGCGAUGGACCCGGUGAGCUGAGUUUACGUCAAUCGUACUCAUCCACGCUCUUACGUAUCAGCACAUCACGUGACAACCGAUCUGCAGCUGCACGCGGGAGUUGUUGAACUCAAAGUAUACUGUUUUUAUAAACAGUUUUUUCUUCUUUUUUCUUCGGCCACCGCUGAGGAAAAUUUCCUUUUUUCAAUACGCUAGCACCGUUUUACUUAGCAGGUGAGAUGUUGAGCUCCAAGCUGCUGACCCUUGUGCUCGUUGUCCAGCCGGGCAGAGUGCUACUGGGCAUGAAGAAGAGGGGCUUUGGUGCUGGAAAGUGGAACGGGUUUGGGGGCAAAGUUCAGCCUGGAGAAACCAUUGAGGAGGCUGCUAGGAGAGAGCUGGAAGAAGAAAGUGGUCUCACGGUGGAUGCACUCGACAAGAUCGGAAAUAUCAAAUUUGAAUUUGUGGGAGAAACGCAGCUACUUGAUGUCCAUGUUUUCAGAGCCGACACAUAUAAUGGAGAACCGACAGAAUCCGAUGAAAUGAGGCCUCAGUGGUUCGAAAGUGACAAAAUUCCUUUCAGUCAGAUGUGGGCCGAUGAUAUACUGUGGUUCCCUCUGAUGCUGCAGAAGAAGAAAUUUGUUGGAUACUUCAAGUUUCAGGGUCACGAUGUGAUUCUCAGCCACACGCUGGAAGAAGUGGAGGAGCUCUGAAGGGAAAUAAUCGAGCUGUUACUGGUGGCAUUUACAUCAGGGACCAAUAUAAAACCUGUGAGAAAUACCAGGAAUAAUCCAA